GCAAGUCAGAGCCGCAAAGGGGGUGGAGGCACGUUUUGGAUGGAUGCUGAUGCGCUGAGAACUUUGCUUGUGGACAUCUCACCACUUGUUCUGCGAGGCAGAGCUGCAGAGAGUUGGGGACCCAUUCUGAGGAAUGUUCUGAAUGGACGGACCUUUGCUUGUGGACUUCUUACCACUGAUAGUUCUUGAGAUCAGAUGACUAACGACUGAAUUCCUAAUGAAAAUGUAAACAACCGGAGGACUCCAAAGAAAAAUCCAAUCCUGUCCAUCCGAUGAGUGUAGACACAUUAAGUGAAACUUCAGGAAAAUCUGCACUUACUUUCUAUCCAAUCGCUCAUGGCGGGAAAUCCUUUGGAGAGUCUAAUGUCAGUCGCCAUAAGCCACCGACCUGCAGAACCUGAGAGCCAUGGAGCUUCCACGAGCAGAAGCCCCGCAUGCCUGCAAAGGCGUAAGCACGGAAUUCGAAGCAACAGGGAGUUGUGUUAUCUGGUCCCAUCAGCUUGCGGGUCCGGAUCGAACACGAGCAAUCAAACACUCCCAAAAAGCACUUCAGGCAGUCAUCACUCCCCGGUAAAUGCGGCACGUGAGAGAAGCCGCGUACGUAACCUGCGUCAGGCCUUCCACAGCUUGCAGGCUGCUCUGCCGUCAGUCCCUCGAGACACAAAGUUGUCCAAGCUGGAUGUUCUGAUUCUAGCGACCAACUACAUAGCCUACCUGACACAGACCCUGGACCAGGGAAGAACUCUGGCCGAGCACACCUUGCCACCAAGGCCUGGAGGAUACCUGCACCCAGUUAAGAAAUGGCCGAUGCGUUCCUUGCUCUACUGUGGCAGCGUGGGAGAAGUGCUAUCUGGAGUCCAAGCCAAUCAAGACACAGUUCACCUAAUUGAUCAAGGAGACAAGGAAUGUUAGUAACUUGUGUGGCAUGCAAGGCUUCUUCAGAGAGUCUAUUCGCUUAACCGUACAACCGUCUUUCUUCAACCUCUGUGGAAAACGGCAUAGAGUCAAGGCAAGAAACCAAAAGAUGGACAAAAAGGCUCUUUCUACCAAUAUAGGAAAAUUAAUUUGACACAACUUUUUCUGGAGAAGUAUUGCUCAUUUAAGUUGCUUGUGUGACUCUACCUUUUUCUGAAAUUUGAAUAUAAUAAAAUCGUAUUUCUUAUAUUCUUGCAUGCUUGUAGUCGGGGCGCAACGACCACACACACACCUCCACGUCCCAACUGACCCUAACCCAAUAGACACACACACGCGCGCUUUUCAAUUAUUUUGGGAUGGCAUCUUUGCUGCUUUUUUAAGUAUGUUUGUCAGGGCUGUUCCUGACCAAUUUGGUACCCAAGGCAACAAAUUUGCUGAUUCCCCCACCACCCCCAUACAUAUCUGUCAAGUUGUACAGUUUCGGCGUAAUUUGCACAAGUGAGCACUGAUUUUAAAAUGUGUACGCCGUACGUUCAAAAUCUGUACGUUUUUUUGUGCAUUUCGUUUUUUUUUUAUCGGUUCGGAUUUUGUCACCAUUUCGGCAAAGAGACAAUGUGCGUUACUACAUCGGUUGAAUGACGCGAGAAAAGUCAGAGACACGGAGAGAGAAGAGCGGGAGUGGGAAGGAGGGAAGAGUGGGCCACAAUGCUACGCGAGGUGGCUCUAAUAUUUCCUGACUGUAGCCAACAGCCUACAAUCUGCACCCACUUGAUGCUACACUAGAUAUCACAUGCAUAUAGAACUACAUAUGAAAUGACAGACUCGGCGGCGUUAGUAAAUAGUUGCCAUUUUAAAGCAGUAGACUUCUCAGAAAGGCUCUGUUGUUGUGAACCUUCCUAGCGAACCUAAGUACUCCAAAAUCGGCAAAAUAUUGACUUGAAUCUAUCAUUAAAUGAUGAAACAGUUUUAAAACGUUCACAUGUCAAAAGUAGACGGAAGGGAAUUACUGCAAAAAUCGGGAGCAAUAUUAACAGCUUUAACACUUGAUUCACAACAUUAAAUGACUUAGCAACUGUUAGCAAAUAGCAAAUGUUACUAUGUUUUUUGGGGGGGGUUUUGGGAAAAAAAUGAAAAACAAACAAAAAAAAAAAAAACAUGAAAAGUAACACCAGUUACUUUGCCAAGUAACCGUAUUGGCUCGAAUAUAAGACGGUGUUGUUUGCAUUAAAAUAAGACUGAAAAAGUAGGAGUCGUCUGAUAUUCGGGGUCCAGACAUUAUACCCAUUCAUGACCUAAGAUGGCGCCAGAUAUCAUUGAAGCGAAUGCUGAACUUGAGGAGUAAUAUUUUCAUGACAGAUCUCAGCUACUCUCAAGUUUAACCAGUUUGCGUUAUUUUAUUGCAAUGUUUUUCCUUAUUCAGAUUUGUUUCAAGACUACAGUUACAGUUAGACCUCACUUUGAUGGUUAAUGCAGUUAUUGCAAUUUUGUUGUUUUAUCACAAUAGAUUGGUUUAUUUACAUUUCAAAAACCAGAAGCCAUUCAUUUACGAAUGUGAUUGCACUUUAGUUUAUGUAUUUAAAUGUUCAGAUAUUAAGAUUUGAAUGAGGCAAAAUAACAUGCUUUUUCUCUCAAAUAUAUUGUUAUAAUCAUUUGUUUCAGAUGUACUGUAAUUAUUCUCUGCAUAAAAAUUAACUUGGUGUUCAAAAAGUCUUUUUUCAAACUUCAGUCUUGAAAAAGACGGGGUCGUCUUAUAAUCAGGGCCGUCUUAUAUUCGGGCCAAUACGGUACUUUUUUAAAGAAUUGCGAGCUGAAGUGCCAUAAAGUGCAGCCAUCAAAAGACAUGAUCGCAAUUGCCAAAAGUGCUACAUACAAUUAUAACAAAAGUCACUGUUAAAUUUUAGUAAUCAUGAUGUAGCUGAAGAUACUGUUCUUUGAUUGCACCAGGUUAUAUAUGAGAAUAUUACCAAUCAGGGGUCGCGUUAACCGAAUAUUUUCCGUCGUUGACCGGUUUUUUACAACAGUGACGGAAAAAACUGAAGUCCAUCCGUCGUUUUGACAGGUUGCAAUUCACACCCCAGACCACAGGGUGGCGAGUGAGCAAAUUAAUUAGCUAUUGUCUCUCUUGAUGCAUGACGUCGUUGGCCUUACUGGGAAAAAUGUCAAGGCAACUGAGUGUCCGAAGUUUCUUCAAAAAGCCCCAAAACGACGAUGGUGUUGAUAAAAGAGGUGAAAAAAGAGGGACUGAUGCAGUGAAGGAUGACAAGGAAUCAAGUGAAUCGCCGGUUCACUCCUCACUGCGGCGAGCAGUUGAAAACGCCGCCAAUUACCAAGAAGGGCAGAAUUGGUAACACGGUGAAAGCGGCAUAAAGCCAAAAAAGCGGACCAGACUAGCCAGAGCCUGAAAUUAUUUCAAGGAAAAUAUGGAGGGUGCCACCACUGUGUGUACUCUUUUUGCUAAGCUGAGCUCGCAUACCACGGUAGCACGUCGGCUAUGAACGAACACUUGACGCGCCGUCACCCAGGUGUAUGUCGGAAGACAACAGGCAACAACAAGCUAGCGGAUUGUAAGUCCAUACAACUUUCUAACGAUUUUUUAAAAAAUUGGAAGUUGCCUUUAUGUGCGUCGUAUCAACGUGCAUUUUUAUUUAAUAAUAAUAAUACAUAUUAAAAAAAAUAUAUAUAUAUAUAUAAUGGAAUUAUAUAAUAUUUUAUUAUUAUUAAAUGUAUUAGGAUCAUAGAAGGUCCCACUUGGGGGGAUAUAUAUAUAUAUAUAUAUAUCCUGCAUAUAAACACAGUACUGGCCUGCUUACUGUAAUCCAUGACUGCAUUAAUGUUAGUUACUUUAUAUUAUAAAGUAUUAUUGUAUUAUUGUGUAUAUACAUAUAGUGACUGCAUCAAGAUAUGGUCAUUUUGAAAAUUUAAGUGACGGGUAAAAAUAGAUUAUGGCCGGGCUUUUAUGACCCUGUCAGUCAAAAUGACAGACAACGAAAAAGCCUCUGUUACCAAUAAAUUCAUAUUAUUUUAAAAAUUGAGUUUUAUUUUUGUUUCAUAUUGUGCGCUAUAUAAAACGUUGUGAGAUUAGUCACCAAGGGCAUACGUCACUAUUUGUAAGAUUGCCAACGGCCUUGGGUUGACAGGUAUGCCCAUACCACAGAACUAUGAAUUAUUAAUUGCAUAAUUAAUGGUGUAUUUAUUUAAUUAACCCUGGCACUUUUAGGCAAGGCAAAUUUAUUUGAAUAGCACACUUUAACACAAUGUAAAAGUGCUUCACAUCACAUGAAAAUCAGCGAGACACAAUUUUAGUCCCCCAUACACUUUGUCCAACAUUCUCUAAAAUGGGAGAGGGAGUAAAUUUAACUGACACUAAUCAACAGCUGGCUGAAUACUGAAAAUAUUUAUAGAACAGGCCUGGCUAAUGAUACAGUAUAAUUUAGCUUUAGCAGUAUGUCAUCUAAACUCUUUGUAAAUAACCGCUAGCUUACAAUUGCGCUAAGUAUACAUGUUUAUGCAGUUAAAAAGUGUUUUUUUCAUCACAACAAACCUGUUUUUUUCCCGUUUAUGCUCCUCUUCUUUCUUCUUCUUUCGAAAAUGCGACCCUGAGGGCUUUUGUCUUUUCAUGAUGACGUCACCGUACCGUGGCACAAUUGCGGAGGCUAACAUUAACACUGUCAGGUAGCUGCGAGGGGAAAGGUAGUGAGAUUAGAGACUGUGGUGAAAUUUCCGCAUCACAGGAGCAUUAGAAAAGUUAUUUUAUCAU